UUCAUCUGGGCCUGCCCCUUUAAGACUCCCGCUGGGAAGCUUCACCCCCGACACGUGACACGGGUGUGACAGCGCGGCUCUGAUAGGAAGCGAAUCGCCUAUAUCACGUGACACGGCUCCGCCGGGCAGCUAGUAGCGCCGAGCCUAUCUCAGUGCCCGCCUCCCCCUUGGGAGGAAUAGCCGCUCUUGCAACUUCUCUCGCUGGUGGGGUAUAGUCUAUCCGCCGCAGGAGGACCGCAGUCGCCAGGACUCUAUGGUCCGAGUUUGGUGUUUACGGGGCAGCCGGACGGGACUUGCCUGGAUCGAUUCGCUACAGCCUGACGGGUCAGAGCUGGCCUCGCUGUUCCCAUGAUGGCCCCGCCUGCUGCCCAGUGUGCAUGGGGCCUGCUCCUAACCUUUACCUUCUACAUGGGCUCUUCCUGCACUGACGGUGCCUCCGUCCUUAAACACCACAACUAUUGCAUCAUUGGUGCUGGCCCCUCAGGCUUGCAGAUGGCCUAUUUCCUCCAACGUGCAGGCCGGGACUAUUUGGUCUUUGAGCGUAGCCAUGCGCCUGGCAGCUUCUUUGCCCUUUAUCCACGCCAUCGCAAGCUCAUCAGCAUCAAUAAACGACACACUGGCAAGUCCAACAGCGAGUUCAAUCUUCGCCAUGACUGGAACUCCCUUCUCAGCCAUGACAGCCGACUGCUUUUCCGACACUACUCUCAUGACUUCUUCCCUGAGGCUGACACUAUGGUGCAUUACCUUGAAGACUUUGCUUCUAUGUUGGAGCUCCGGGUUCAAUACAACACUGCCAUCAUCCAUGUGAGACUGGAGAGGGACUCACAGGCAUGGAAUGGCCAUUACUUCAUUCUUACAGACCAUAACAGCCAGAACUACAGAUGCAGCCUAUUGUUGGUAGCCACUGGAACAUGGGUUCCCAAUGUGGUAAACUUCCCCGGCUCGGAAUAUGUUGAGGGCUAUGAAUCUGUGUCCAUCAACCCAGAGGACUUUGCUGGCCAGAGUGUGUUGAUCUUGGGUCGGGGGAACUCUGCCUUUGAGACAGCAGAAAACAUUCUGGGCGUCACCAAUUUCAUACACAUGGUGAGCCGCUCCCGCGUUCGCCUCUCUUGGGCCACCCACUACGUUGGAGAUUUAAGAGCAAUUAACAAUGGCCUCCUAGAUACAUACCAGCUGAAGUCUUUGGAUGGGCUCCUGGAGGGUGACUUGGAAGAUCUGGCUAUUGUCAAGGAUAAGAAAGGGAAGCUGCACAUCACUCUCAAAUUCUAUCUGGAGAACAGCAACAGCAGUGCAGGUGCAGAAUCCAUCACUCUCCCACAGGAUGAGCUGGACAACUUUGCCACCCGGGCACCCUACGACCGUGUCAUCCGCUGCCUGGGCUGGAAGUUUGACUUCUCCAUAUACAACAGAUCUCUUAGACUGAUGCCAGGGAAAGGGAAUAAGAAGAAGUAUCCUCUGAUCAAACCCAGUUAUGAGUCAAGAGGCACCCGGGGGCUCUUUGUUCUGGGCACUGCUAGCCACUCUAUCGACUUCAGGAAAUCUGCUGGGGGCUUUAUCCAUGGAUUCCGAUAUACAACUCGUGCUGUCCAUCACUUGUUGGAACAUCGUCAUCACGGAGUCCCCUGGCCAUCAUCAGUCUACCCCAUUACACAGUUGACAAAUUCCAUCAUCAAACGGGUAAAUGAGGCGUCUGGACUAUACCAGAUGUUCAGUGUCCUGGGUGACAUCAUUCUGCUGAGAGAGAAUGCCAUGGCAUUUGAGUACCUGGAGGAGUAUCCAGUCGGGAUCCUGGCAGAGCUGGAAUUGCACACAGGGAGAAAGGCCCACAACGGGCUCUUUGUUGUCAUCAUGGAGUAUGGGAAGAAUUUCUCUGGGGCUGACAAGGAUGUCUUCUACUACAACCGAGCAGUGGGGGAGGCACAACAUGCCUGGCAGUCUAACUUCCUGCAUCCUGUUAUUUAUUACUACAAACGACUCCCCACAGUGCGUGAGAUGAGGCUUCGUCCUCCAGACUGGCCUCUCCCCCGCCCAGAUGCUGUCCAUCAUAUUGUGGAGGAUUUCCUGACAGACUGGACUGCCCCAAACGCCCAUAUCCUCCCACUUAGACGCUUCCUGGAGAAUUGCCUGGACACUGACCUGCGCAGCUUUUUUGCAGAGUCCUGUUUCCUGUUUGCUCUGACUCACCAGAAGCUGCCUCCCUUUUGUCAGCAGGGAUACAUGCGAAUGCAAGGGCUUGUGGGUAACGAAAGACUUAGGCACCAUGCAGUGGAAGCCGGCCUACUGGAGGAUCACACUGUUAUGCACUUUACAGAUGAACUGCUUGGUGGCCAGAGAGGUUCACGUGAUCAGUUGCUGAAGGAUCACGUGAUACCAGGUAGCCCCCUACAUUAUCUUGUGACUACCAAGGAUGAACUUUAACCUUUCCCAAUUCAUACUGAAACCCAUGGGGACUGUUGUGACAAUACCGUAACACACAUCUGCAGCAGGAUUCCAACCUCUUUCAUGUGCCACUGGCUUCCUGCCCAUCCCUCCAGCUGUCCACAUAUUGCCAAAGACCUGCUCAGAUCUGUUGUGACUGAUGGGACCGAUGUGCUCUGGAGGAUAAGUGAGAAGCUGAGAUUCAGUGAGGCGGAGGCUUCUCCUUUGUCCCUGCAGAGCCCACAGUGCUUGAAGACAGUGUUGUAUUUAUCUUACGGACCAAUGUCUGGGGCAACAUCUAGGGAUCACAGGUAUGGGGAGGGAAAGAGAGAAGAGAUGCACAGAUGGCUUAACAUGAAAUAUUUUCGGUUUUGAUGUGACACAGUCACACGUCUUGAGGGCAGGUUGGAGACUCUGAUCAUUGGAUGCUGUGUCCAGUACAUUCUUGUUUAUACUUGAAGAUUUGUAUGUUCACUGAAUUCAGAAGCGGUACCUUCAGAAGCAAAAUUUUUCAUGCACUUUGAUGGAGACAAUGAGGUGCAUGCCAGUAUAUUUAGUUUUAGUGCAGGGUAAUAUAAUGUCACUGCCUGGACGGGGGUCCCAAAAGCCACCUCCCUCUUUAAUGGCGAGCAGCUAGCCUAGGAAGCUUAGACCCAAUGUGAACUGUCAGUAGAUAGGGUAGCAGGGCCAAUCCAUUCCUUUACUUGGUGGAGUUGGUAUUCUUUGCCAGCUGCUCCUAUUUAGAAGGGAUAGUCCCUGUAUUUUUUAGCAAAAUACCUGUCCUAUUUGCACUAUGUCCUUCCAAAAAGCUUCCAGUGCAUUUCACUCUAUUUAAAAUGUGUAUUCCUAGUUUUCUUCCCAGAUGUUCCUAUUUACAGCUUUCAGAUGUUGUAUGGUAAAUUGUCUAUCUGCGUUUUAUUGCUCAUUAUCUGAUAGGCACAGACCUCUCACUUCUUGGAAACCACUAAUCAGGGCAAGGAGUUUGAGUUCAGUCUUCCUAUGUCCCCAUGAUUUCUGAGAGGUAGAGGAGGGGCAGGUGGGAAUAGUCUUCCUGCUCUCCCCAUAUCCAUGAGAAUACCUUGCAUUUGUGCUUCCCGGUAAGAUGGGUGGAGGAGAGGGUGGACCUGAAUAAUCCCUCCCUAUUAGCUGAUCCCUAAGUAGCCUUUCCCAGGGACCCCUUAAAUUUUCUUGCUCUUUCUAUAAAGACCCAGUUCCUAUAGCUCUUUGCUGCUAGAGAUUGGGGAGCAGUUGAGAUGAGUGUGGGAUUGGAAGGGGUGUCGUUCUUAACUGGGAACACUGGUGAAAAUGCUGCUGCUGUCAAAGGAUCCUCUUAGUAGCUGCUACCGGGAGAAACAGAGUUGGCGUCUCAGCUGGUGUAAAUUGGUAUUACUCCACUCCCUUUAAUGGAACUACAUCCGUUUGCACUAGAUGCAAAUCUGGCGCAGAGGGAGAUGGUUGAAAAGUCUGUAUUCACCAAGCAGCCCACACAACUCACCAUGGGCAUCCUACAUGUGGACUAUCCAAGGGGGGUGGAAUUAGGAGGGCUAGUGAGAGCGCUAACCGGCCUGUCUGACCUAAAGGUUCAGUUUCAUUGUCUAUGAAAUACUAAAGCCAAGAGUAGGCCCACUGUACGUACACACAUGCAUGCGUGCACACACACACACAAAGAACCCUCUGUAAUAUCCACACACAAGAUCGUGAGACUGUAAAUUCCUAGUAUGUGGGUUCCCUUAGAUUGCAGUUCUGCUCUGAAAAGUGACUACAAAUGACACCUUCUUCUUCACCAGUGUGUGCUCCCUGUUGUGUGUCCGAAUCAGAUCUGUUAACUUCAAUGUCAGAAGGUUUUACUGUUUACUCCUGCCACCCAUGCAGAGCCAGAACAGCUGACAAAAUGAAUCAUGCUCAUUCCGACUCAUGUAAUCAAUAACAUUUGUUAAGUUCCAACUUCAUCUUUGGUGGCGCUUGAACCAAUCCAAAUCCAUUGUCCCUUUGGAAUCCCAAGCAGGGAUGAUAGUUAGGAAAACCAUUCUAAUUGUAAAGCAGACAAGUUGGAUCUGGAUGUCACAAAGGAGCAAUAAACACAAACUCUCAUGGUGCCAUUUUUGUAAUGACUUUUCGUAGCAGAAUUUCAUUUUAAUACUAAUGCCCAAUUUAAUUUUAUUAUAUCUCCUGUUGAAGUGGAUUGCUGCCUCUUGUAAUUGGUUGUAUAUGUUUUGUAUGGUUAUAUUCUUC